CGUUACCAAAUACCAACUACCUAAUCCAGUAUCCUUAACAGAACUCUUCACUUCACUCUUUGUACACUCCCAUGUUGUCACCUUCCUCUCCCAUUUCCAAACCCUAAACCCUAAUUCCCAUCAUCAAUGACAAAUUCAAGAACCCUUUUCAGCAUUCAAUCUCCAACCAAUGCAUCUUUUUCUUCCCAUUUUACCCUCAAAACACCUUCAAAAUUACAACAACAAUCAUUCCCUUCCAAACUUAACUUCAAGAAGCUCAGGUUCAGUACUUUCAAAGUCCGUUGUUGCCCUCAACAAACUCCACAGAAUCAAAAUCCGACUUCUGCCCUUAUCUCAAUUCUUCGUAUAAUACCUGAUUGGGCUGACAGAAUUCAAGAAGGGGGUAUGAAAAAGAAGAGAUCUUUAUACACACAUGAAAGUUGGAUGCAACAUAGGAGUUCUUUAAGGCAUGUUAGGCACUUGUUUUCGAGCUUGAAUUCGCGUGUGAUUCUAUCGUUGGUUCCUCCGGUUAUAGCUUUUACCUCAGUGGCAGUGGUCAUUGCUAGUUAUAAUUCAGCUGUUUCAAUGCAUUGGUUGCCUGAGUUAUUCCCUGUAUUGAGAGCUAGUCCACUGCCUUAUCAGUUGACAGCUCCAGCUUUGGCGCUUCUCUUAGUGUUUAGAACAGAGGCAUCGUACUCGAGGUUUGAAACAGGGAAGAAGGCUUGGACUAAAGUGAUUGCUGGAACCAAUGAUUUUGCUAGGCAGGUCAUUGCUUGUGUUGAUAAGAGUGAUGCUGUUCUCAAAGCAGCACUUUUACAGUAUAUCAUGGCAUUUCCAGUUGCCUUGAAGUGCCACAUAACAUAUGGCUCGGAUAUAGCAAGUGAUCUCAAAAACUUACUUGAGGCUGAUGAUCUAGCAGUAGUUCUCAGUUCUAAGCAUCGCCCUCGUUGCAUCAUUGGGUUCAUCUCUCAGUGCCUUCAGUCAUUACACUUGGAGGGAACAAAACUGACUCAGCUGGAGUCAAAGAUUUCUUGUUUCCAUGAAGGUAUUGGUGUAUGUGAACAACUCGCGGGCAUACCUAUUCCGCUUUCAUACACUCGGUUGACUUCAAGGUUCUUGGUCCUUUGGCAUCUUACUCUUCCUAUAAUACUUUGGGAUGAUUGCCAUUGGAUUGUGGUUCCAGCUACUUUCAUAAGUGCUGCUUCCUUAUUCUGCAUUGAAGAGGUCAGAUUUCACUUUCUUCAAUUAACCAGAGGAACUAAUACUUUGUGAUAUAACUACUUCCUGCAGUAGAGAUCACUUUGUCUGAAGGCAGGACUGUAUUAAAAUGUCACAGCUUGAACUGCCGUACUCUUCAAUAUGUACAAUGGCAGAGGCAAGAUUUUCACCAAGGGGGUUAAAAAAUAAAAAAAGUAAACAUGCAAAGAAUCCAAGGGGAUUCAUCAUCUAAAGAUGUACAUAAAAGAAAAUUUGAUCUUAUAGUGAAGGGUGUUCGGAUUAACCCCCAUCCGCCCCUUAGCUCCCCUCAUGAAACGAAUAUAUUAUUAUUUAUCUUAAGUUUCAGUUUGUGGGGCAUUCCAGCUGAUAUCAUCUUCAUUUUAAAUUGCUAUGUAUGAGUGAUAAACUUAAUGGUCUUAUUACAUAGAGUAUCUGAUGAAUUGUCCGAGGCUCCAGGAGUUCAUGAUACUGUAACCUUGGUUUUCUAUUUGAAAUUCCCCCAAAAAGUUUAAUAAUAAAAAUAAAGAGGAGAGAAACACAGUUGAAGAUUUCUAUUUGAUUGGAGCAUUGACACUGCCCAAUACUGAGGUCACAGCUUGGUU